AUGGGAUCAGCGUCGAAAAAGAAGCAAAUCAAGAGCAAUGUGGUGCGCAAAGAGGACGUAGAAGUAGAAGCAGAAGAAAAGAAGGCGGUCGAAAGAAGAACGAAUGAAAAUGAGGAACCAAAGACAGCACAAGGUUCUGCCGACGAACCUGACGGGGAGGUUGGAAUAUUGACCGAAACAUCAUUUGCUUCUCUUGGCGUUUGCGAGGCCAUCUGUGAGGCAUGUGAUAAGUUGGGCUGGGCAAAUGCAACCCGUAUUCAGGAAAAAGUAUUGCCUGACGCGCUGCAGGGAAGAGAUAUUAUUGGUCUUGCAGAAACAGGAAGUGGAAAGACUGGAGCGUUUUGCAUACCGGUAUUGCAGAAUCUUCUUGAGAACCCUGUCCGUGGUGCUGUCUUUGCAGUCAUUUUGGCACCAACGAGGGAAUUGGCGUUUCAAAUUCACCAAGUCGUCGAGGGUCUUGGACAGGCAAUGGGGGCAACAAGUGUUUGUGUCGUUGGUGGUGUUUCUCAAACGCAACAAGCUAUCGCGCUUGGCCGCAAUCCGCACAUUAUUGUUGCCACACCCGGUCGGCUGCUGGAUCACUUGACAAACACAAAGGGAUUCCAUCUUCGCAAGCUGAAGUAUCUUGUACUGGAUGAAGCUGAUCGCAUGCUCUCGUUAGACUUUGAACAAGAGUUGAACGAACUUUUGCAAGUUAUUCCAGAGGAACGAAGAACGUUGCUCUUCUCGGCUACCAUGACUUCCAAGGUUCAAAAACUGCAGCGAGCGUGUUUGAAGGAUCCAAUCAAGGUCGAAGUCUCCACAAAAUUCCAAACGCCAAAACACCUUCUACAGAAUUAUCUCUUCAUUCCUGCAAAGUACAAGGACUGCUACCUGACAUAUUUGAUUAACGAGUUUGCGGGACAAUCGAUACUUGUCUUUGGAGCAACUUGUAACAAUGUCCAGAGAUUGGCUCUGAUGUUGCGAAAUCUUGGAUUUCCUGCAAUCUGUCUACAUGGACAAAUGUCUCAGCCAAAACGUUUGGGUGCACUGAACAAAUUCACCAGCGGGUCUCGUUCGAUUCUGAUUUGCACUGAUGUGGCCUCUCGCGGUUUGGACAUCCCCAAUGUCGACGUUGUGGUGAACUUUGAUUUACCAGGACAUGGUAAGGAUUACAUCCACCGAGUCGGUCGGACUGCCCGUGCUGGAAAGUCAGGUAAGGCUAUUGCAAUGGUGACACAGUAUGAUGUAGAGGUCUACCAACGACUCGAGGGCCUGUUGGGAAAGAAGUUACCCGAGUAUAAGUUGGAUGAAGAGACUGUCUUGGUGCUUCUAGAGCGUGUCAAUGAAGCCCAACGACUAGCGACAAGAGAGCUCAAGGAGCAGUUGGCCGCAACAAAAGGACAGGGUCAAAGAAAACGAAGAACUGGAAAAGGAGACGACGGUGGACUGGAGGAAAGUAUCCAUAAGCAGAUUCGGAAGGGCUAUGCCGGUGGUAGCGGAGGAAGAGGUGGAGCACUUCAUAAUCAACGAGGGAGCGGGCAACGAAAGAAGCGAAGGGAUCAUUAA